AUUCUCUCUUGCCUAUUGCAACAAUAAUGAUAUGUUUUAUGUUGCACAAAAAAAUUAAAGAUGUAAUGAUUUUUUAUACAGUACUAUUUCGUAAUUGAUGUUUGAUUUCGAAGCAAAAAAUUCUUGGAAACUUCCUUCUCAUCAGAAAGAAGAAGAUAAAAAGGUUGGUUGUUGUUGCAUCGAUCUCCAAAUCCAGAUUGAUUCGUCACGAAAUCUGCUCACCGGUUGUUUCGUCGCCGUCCUCUGUUCACCCAACGAAGAUGAACGGCGGUCCCUCCGGUUUCCAUAAUGCUCCGGUAACGAAAGCCUUCGUUAUUACGAGCGCUCUUUUCACUGUCUUCUUCGGGAUCCAAGGUCGUUCUUCUAAGCUCGGUUUGUCUUACCAGGACAUUUUUGAGAAAUUUCGGAUAUGGAAGUUAAUCAUGUCCACUUUUGCCUUCUCCUCCACACCAGAAUUGAUGUUCGGAUUGUAUUUGCUAUACUACUUCCGAGUUUUUGAGAGACAGAUUGGCUCAAAUAAGUACUCGGUUUUUAUCUUGUUCUCAGGGACUGUAUCUCUAUUACUCGAGGUCAUUUUGUUAUCACUGCUUAAAGAUACCACAGCAAACUUACUAACCUCUGGACCAUACGGCCUGAUAUUUGCUUCGUUUAUACCCUUCUACUUGGACAUUCCUGUUUCAACGAGGUUUCGCGUAUUUGGUGUCAACUUCUCUGAUAAGUCAUUCAUAUAUCUCGCAGGAGUGCAGCUUCUACUAUCUUCUUGGAAAAGAUCCAUCUUUCCUGGAAUUUGCGGCAUAAUUGCGGGUUCCUUGUAUCGUUUGAACAUCCUUGGCAUCCGCAAGGCAAAGUUCCCUGAGUUUGUGGCUUCGUUCUUCUCGCGGCUUUCUUUUCCCUCUUUCGGUAACUCUCCUCCUCCAGCACCAAGCAGGAACAUCGUUGGGACUAUAUCACCUAACACAGGGCGUCGAGCAGAGAGAUCUCAGCCAGCUCCGUUGCCCUCAAGUGUGGAGCCAUCUGAGGAAGCCAUAACUACAUUGGUAUCAAUGGGAUUCGACAGAAACGCAGCGAGACAGGCGCUUGUGCACGCCAGGAAUGAUGUCAACGCCGCCACAAACAUCCUUCUCGAAGCACAGUCCCACUAACUUAAAAAAGGUUUUACUCUGAAUGGGAAGAGGCAGAAACAUUGUUAAUUCCAGCUGAUGUUUUCUUCUGCUGCUAUUGGACCGACUUUUGGAGCCAACAUGAUCACACCAUGUAUGAUCCGGCCAAAGAUCUGACCAAACUUCUCUCUUUAUGUUCUUAGUUUAGGAAAAAUUGUGUAGGUUAUGUAGUACAGAUUUGCGAGUUAAGGGAAACGCUCAGAAGCUUACAUAUUUGAAACUUCAAAAACUUCAAAAAACACAGAUUUUACUACAU